AUGGGAAAUGGGCCUUGUUUCUUGACAAGAGCUUGCCUGGUGAUAGCGGCGAUCUUGAGCGUGUUUUGGACGGAAUCAAGUGGUAGACCGCAAAUUAACCCGAGCUGGAACAACACGAGAGAUUGGAAGAGAGAACUGGCCGACAAAGAGGGCUACUUUACGAAUACAUGGGCAGUAGAAAUUGACCCAGCCGAAGAACACGUGGUCGCGAAGAUUGCCAAAAGACAUGGUUUUUCCAUCAUAGGCCAGGUUAGUAGUAAAAAGAAAAAUUACAGCGUUUUCAAAAAUAGAGUUUGUCGAGUUAUUAGUGGUAACAAUUACUAUGUGGAUUUAUGUGGUUGAAGGCAGUCAAUAUCAUAAAUUAUCCAAACAACCCAUGGUGGUCACCAUGCUUGACUUAAAAUCUCAAUUCUUGUGCAUGUGUUUGCUUUUGAAUUACCCUUACCAUGAAAAAGGCUCUUUCAAGAACAAAUUUACAUCUCUUCAAGAGCUGUAUGUUUGUAGAGCUUUUAGACUUCAUUGACAUGAAACGAAAAAAGAAGAAAAAUAGGAUAGCUUAUGUCUGCAGUUAUUUGUUUCACCAAUUUAAGCUUAACUCUUUGUUUACUGCACAUUGAAACACUAAAUCACCACUCUGAAACAGAAUAUUGUAAAUUAUCUGAAAUGAAACAUUAAAUACAUGUGACUCCAAAAAGAAUACAAUAAGAAUAACAACUCAAGUUCCUUUCUCUGCAUAAACAUGAAAUUUUGAAACAGGUAAAUUUCAACUGCCCAUGGAAUCUCUGAAGUGUCAAUUUUCAUGUAAAAGAUUUUAAGCAGUACGUUCCUGUGGUUCUGUUAAUUUUGCUGCAUUGGGCAGUUCUAACGUUGAUUGUGUGGGUAACGUUUUUGAAGUCUCAGUGUUUAAAUGAAAGGUACUGAAUAGUAUUUUCCAGUUACUUGGUAUAGUUUGUCUUAGUUGUUUAGUUUGUUUGUGUGGCCAGUCAAAGAAAAGCUGCAUGAAUAAAGCAAUGUACAGUUAUUCUCCUUUGGUAUCGUUAGUUUCUUUUGGAGUCUUGUAACAUUGCACUCAACCUCAUUGUAUAUGUAUGUGUUAUUUUCUGAGUUAUUCCCAGGCAAGGCUGAGUGGAAAUUCUUUGGCACCCCACAGUGUUCUCCUUAUCAGGAGGUAGCCAGAAGUUUUAAAAAUUACCCAAGUUGUGAUCUGAUCAGCUGAUUCUCACAAGGAAAUGAAUGAAUAUAUAGAAAAGUACUAAAGUAUACACAGCUUUCCUUUUUUUUGGGCCAAACAUUUAAACAUAUAAAAAAGAGAACAUUGAAGACAGAGUAAAAUUAUUGGAAUUAAAUGUUUUAAAUUGUUGUCUAAAGAUGACAACAGCUGAUUUGCAUAAAAUAGAUCUAAAAAUGGUUCAAUGACUUUUCUGAGAACUUAGCUUCUAAAUUUCACAGCAAGAGCGGGGCCAUGUCCCUCACUUCACUACCCCCUCCCCCCAGGAAAGUAAGUGUGUUUUUGGCACAUAUUUUUUGCCUUACGGGCCAUGAAUGGUCCCUUACCUGCUGAGCUAAAUUUUAGGGAGAACACUGCCCCCCUCCCCCCCAUUUUUAUUCUCAUACAAAUGAUACUUAUUUCCACAUAAAAGGUUUUAAAAUGCAUCGUGAGUUCAUUUUGAAAAUAAGUGUUUUGGGAGCUUAGAAAUGCCCCAUUAAUUGACUGAUUACUUAAUUAAAUUUUGUAUUUUGUAUUUUUUUCAGAUUGGGGAUCUACCCGGCCAUUAUCAUCUCAGACAUGAUGAUGUAGAUGAACUUAACAAGGAGCACAACAGAGACAAAACUGAUAGGCUACUACUGGAAAAGGAGGUUGGUUUGUUAUACUGUGGACUUCACUGUAUUAUUUUGCCCUUUCACUUCAGAUAGUGGCAAAUGGAAAAAAACAAUACAAAAUUUUAUUUCUCUUUAGUCCUGAGAAAUGAAUAGCACCAUGUAAAAGUUCUGCUGAAGUUGUUUUAAUUGAAUGGUAACACCAUCAGAUUUUGCCCAUAAAUUUAGGAGUAUGAGUGAUGCAUUCCUCUCACACGUUACUUAAGCUAGUUGGAAACCUGAGUUAAUAAUUUAACUCACUUGCAACAUGACUGCCAUUAGUGCCAUAACUGGGACAUAAUUAUGUUACGUGCCAUUGACAGAUUAUAUUUAUCCUGUCAGGUAAAAUGGGCAGAACAGCAAAAAAUUCUUCACAGGGUCAAACGUGAUGGAAUACCAACUGAUCCAAAGUUCAGAGAAAUGUGGUAUUUGGUAAGCAAUAUCAUUGGAAAGAUAUUUUAUAUGCAAACAUUUCAAGAGAGAGGUAGCAGAAAGGCAACUAGCCUCCCAGGGCAUUUUGCUACGACCAGUUGCAAAAAUGUUGAGACACUCCCAUGAAAAAAUGACCUUUCUUGCUGCAAAUCGCUCCUGGUCACAGGUCUGUGAGAUAUAAUACUGACCUCCCUCCUCCCUCCCAUUCAAAGUUGUUUCUUCAAUUUUAGUAUGGUCUUGUAUUGCUAGCAACUUUGAUAAGUGGUGUAGGAAGGGAUCACAAGCACAAGAUCAUGGACAGGCCAUUUAUGCCAAAAUACGGUACAGUGUCUUAAGUACUUUUGCAACUGGUUGUAGCCCAAGGUGAUAAAUUCGUCGCGCCUUGGGUUAGCAAGUUGUUGAAUCAAUCUAGGUUGCAUUCAAUUUCCAGAUUCCCCAUUUGAAUGCACCUCUAAUGGUAGUAAGUAGUAUUGGAGCUAUAUGGGAGCUAUAUGUUCCUUACAAAAGUGAAUGCAAAUGCAUAAGGCAUUGCACACAUAAACCUUUUUGACUGUGCUUGUUUCAUCGUAGUACCUUUGUUUUGACCUCAUUCUUGUUCUGAUGUUAUGUGGACCUCAACAUAUCAAUCAUAAAAAUUAAAAUUGGCCAAAAUCAAGCCAUUGUUACCAAACCUGCUUGAUUGAUAAUGUGUGGCAUCCUUUUGUUUUACAGCUUAAUGAAGGCCAAACUGGAGGCCCAGUUGGAGUUGAUAUUAAUGUUUUGCCAGUUUGGAGGAAGGGUAUCUCUGGCAAAGGAGUUGUGGUCUCUAUACUAGAUGAUGGUAAGCAACCAUUACAUGUUUAUCAUGCCAAUAAUAAUAUUCUCCCCAGUAAUGUUCACAGUUACAAUCCAGAUGUCAAAAUAACUAGUGUAGACACAAAUGUCAUCAUAGUCUUUCUUCAAGUUUUCCCAACACUACAUGUACAGCAUCGCUGCUUCAAAAAAAGAAAAAAAUAAUUCCCCUCCCUACCUGCCUUAAGAAAAUGUUGUACUACUGUUCAAGUCACCUGUUUUAAGAGACACCUGUUUUAAGAAAGACGCGACACUUGCACAACAAUGAGGCUAUGCCUUGACGCUAACAAACUUGUAUUGCUGGGGGGACGGGGUUUCAGAUGCCCAAUGUUUGUUUUCUAAAAUAUAUGUAUACCCAGUUUAUGGAGGUCUCUCAACAAUUUUGUCACUAUUUGUGGAGUCAAGUAUUGGUCUGAUCAUUUAGCCAUUGAAGCAGCCACUCAGUGAUAGAUUUCUGCAUCAUAAAAGAAGUCCAAAGCUUUUAUGGAAAUCAAAUUAAGGUCUUUAACCCAUUCGCCCCUGAGCUGCCCGUAACCGCUCAUGCAGGUCCGCGUCCUUUCUACUGCUUGUGACGUCAUCAGUUUUAACCGUCAAGGACAACUUUGUCGGCUGACUUGCGCAGAUUGAAGAGAUCUUUCAAACCAUACCAGAAUGAGCACAAUUCAGUCAUCGACACCGGAGAAAAAGGCAAAACCCAUGUAACAUUGACCUGAAAAUCUCCACGAAAAUCUUGUUCCAUUGCCCACCUACCUUUCCUUUCACCUAAUCCUAAGGUCUUAAAAGCUUUCCUAAAAACCCUUCCCACCAAAAUGAAGCCUACUAAAUGCCCAGCAAGAGAAAACAAUGAGGUAAGAAAAGCGUAAAAAGAAGGGAGGAGAGAAAGUGAAAAGUAAAAGUCAAGACUGCUGUGUCACUUUUAAACCCAAAAACUAUCUCGAAAUUUUGCUUUCUGCACAUGCCUGAACUUCACAAGCUAAUAUUUUGCAUCUGGAUCAGAAGGCCAUGAAGUGUACGACCUGUAAACAGGUUUGUGGUAAGUUUUAGCUCUUUAUAGCACGACAGUGACCAGAAAACCACUCAACUAGCUUUGAAAUGCAUUUUUCGGCAAAAUCUCCAGGAGCAAAUGGGUUAAUCUCCAUUUAUUACCCUUCUUCAAAGUAGACAAGGUGAACUUCCAAAAAAUGAAAAAUAGCCUUCAAACAUAUUUGAAUCUUCCCUUUAAGGUGUGGAUCACACCCAUCCAGAUUUAGAGGGAAAUUAUGUAAGUAUUAUUAUUUUUUAACAAUUUUAUUAUAAAUUUCAAUAUACAUUGUAACAGACCCUUCUAUGAUUUUUUCAACUUUUAACAAGGGCUAGUUAGCAAAAUCAAUUGACAGCCUUGAAUAGAGCAUCUUGUAUUGGCGAACUUGUCAUUUUUGAAAGUGAUAUGUCAGAAAUGAGCAAAGAUAUAGCUUCACCGAGUUGUGAAAGACUACUGUUGUUUGUGUAGCAGUGGUGGUUGGGGGGAGCAAACCUGCCUCUCACCAACCAUCCUAGGACUUUGUCGGACCAUACCUGUGUUAUAUUUUUCAACAUAUCGCUCUCAGACUUGACGUGCAGUUUUUUAACAGUAUUAACAGUAUUGAUGCUUGACCUCUUACUAUCAUGGUCUUAACACACACUCCUUCUGCAGCUAGAUGUAUUAUUAAGUAUUAUUAUAAUUUUUUCAAGAGCAAAGAGUUUGACUUUUCAGUUUGAUUAGCUUUCCAAGGGACUUACCAGGGAGUAGCUGUGGAUAUUCUAUAGAAGUUUCUCUUUGUUGCCAUCCCCUCUUUUCAUACCUGACUCUUUAUUUAUGUUUUUAUUAUUUAUUGUAGGAUCCAAAAGCUAGUCAUGAUUUUAAUGAUAAUGAUGAUGAUCCCAGUCCUCGUGAUGUGGAUCCUGAUAACUGGUAAUUUUCAGGACAGUUCUAAAUUAUAUAGAGGGGGACAUUGGGGCUUGCCCAAUACCGCAAUAAUGUAAGAAUAAUUGGCAAGUACCAAAAUACCAUGUCUUAAAUCAGCGAAAUACCAAUACUGCAUUUAUGAUUGAUCAUGUUUGUCUUAUUUAUCUCAAGCAUAUAUGCACCAGAAAUCAACCUCAACCAUUGCUACAAAAUGAACCUCAAAUUGAUCGGUACAAUGAUAAAAAAGCCAGGUUGUUGGAUGCAACAACAAUUUCAUGGUAGAUGAGCAGUCAGAAAUUGUGUUAAUUCAUUUAUUAUUAUGUAAAGACUUAAAAAUAUUAACCUUUGUUAACCUCUAUAGCUUUAUAUAAUACUGUGUUUUGUGUUGCAUAUUGUAUUGAUCUGAGUUAGACAGGAGAGGGCAGAUGAAUGCUACCACAAUACCAUGAAGGAGUUUCCGUUACCUGAUACAUUAGCCCAAAAGAUAAAAAACAACACAUGCUGCAGUGCUAAAUGAUACUGCAAUACCGCACAUUGGAAUUCAAAUUACCAAAAUAGCCCAUUAAAAAAAGCUCAAUACUAUAAACCCCCAUGUCCCUGUCCAUAUACAGUAACAAUAUUAACCAGUAAGUUAAUUUGAGCUGCUACUUGAUUGGUACAACCAAAUGACAAUGCUGCUUGUAAGUAAAUGUUUUCAAUGCUGGCAAAGUACAACAGUUUAUGUAUUUAAACCUGUUAGUUUUACUAGUGUUGUAAUUAUUAGUGAAUCUCAGGAGUCAUAUUUUCACCGUGAAUUUUUUCUUGGUUUGCAGCCAUGGCACACGCUGUGCAGGAGAAGUUGCCGCCAUAGCAAAUAACACCAUCUGUGGGGCAGGAGUAGCUUAUUCAGCUCAUGUUGGGGGUAAACAGUAGUAAAUGUAAUAUAGAUUUAGCCAGAUCAUUUAAGAUAUUUCUUUCUGAAAUAAUUCACCUUAACCUGAGCCUGCGAUCAUUUGAAAACCAUUAACCUGUCAGCAGAGAACUUAAAAAACAGUUCACCUCAAUGAGUUGGCAAAUUCAAAUUUUUUUGGAAGGUUUUGUGAGCGCACGAGACUGAGCACCCCACAAAACCUUGUUUUCAUGAAAACCGCUGGACACGUGUUACUUUGUCACAGCCCAAUGAGUUGUGCACCUGAGCCCGCGAUACAGUCAGCGGAUACCCUAUUUUGACAGCUGUUAACUUGCUAUAAUAUGGAUGUCCACAGAUUGUACUGUACAAGUUGUGACAUUUCACAUCCGCUAACACGAGGAAGUACAGUUGUACGAACGGACAAACCUACAGAAGGGGUGAUUCUGUCAGAGCCAAAAUUUCUCGGGUGCAUAAAUAUUAAGACAGAAUCCGUCAGGAAAUUGAGUAAUUUUAAUUUUCAGUGGACAAAAACCUUGUACCAGAAUUAUUUAAAGCGUAUCGCAUUCUUUUUUUCAUUUUUCAAGGGCUAAAGAUGUAAUUAGUCAUCUGUAAUAACACCAAAGAAAUUUCUUAUGUGUGUCGAGAGAAUAAAUGUCAAAUUUCACAAAAUGACAUCUUACACAUUUUCAGAAUUUUACCUGUGUUUUCACAAUUCUUGUGAAAUUUGACACUCACGUAAGAAAGUUGUUUUGGUGUUAUUACAGAUGACUAAUUACAUGUUUAACCCUUGAAAAAUGUAAAAAAAGAAUGCAAUAUUCCUUAAAUUUUUCUUGUACAAGGGUUUUGUCCACUGAAAAUUAAAAUUACUCAAUUUCCUGGUGGAUUCAUUCCGUCUUAACCAAAUUUUAUUACCCGUGGUGCUCUGCUCCGCUACAGUAGGCCCUUUGCAGCUCGGGGUCAUGUGACGUAUCUCAUCUCAUGCCACAAUUAUGAGAAAAAAACAACAAAAAUACCAAAAUAUUGAAAGAGCGUAAAACACGUUGUCGCUCUGCCAACUUUAAGCUUUAAGCUUUAAGGUUCUAACUUUUAACAGUCUGAUUUAAAGGUGGUUUGAGUAACAGGCUCUGCCAAUUUUAAGCAUUUAACUUUUAACACAGUGUGAUUUAAUGCCGUAGUUUGAGUAACUGAGAAAGUACUAUAUGUUUCAGUAGAAAACGUUUUCAGCUCUGUAAAGGAUCAAAGAAAUCUGUUGAAGCCCGCAAAAAAUUUGCUUGUCGUUACGAAGAGAGGGUUUCUCCUAAGUCCAAAACUGUCAUCCAGCUUGAACCUCUGAACGAAUUGGCAAGUACUUGCUUAAUCUUUUUUCUCGGAGACCAAAUUGUGGUGAAAUUAUUUAUCACUUAUUCAAAUGUCUCUCUUGGUUCCACGGCUAGGAUAGUCACGUCCUUCAAGGUUGAUUUCCACUGACGCGUUUUUGGCUACGUAUGUUAACGCACGUAAAUUUUAAUCACAUAAAUAAAAUAGAGGCAAGAUAUAAAGUGUUGAGAUUAAAUGUCAAGUUGAGCGAGGUUCAACUUUUACGCUUACGUGCGACCUUUCAUACAUUGCCUCUAUUUUAUUUGCGAACGUACAUUGUAGGCACGUACGCACGCAAAAAUUGCGCGGCAAUGGAAAUCAACCCUCAGGGGAUAGGAAAGGUAGGCCUUUCCUGAUCGAGCGGGUAAAAUUCUUUACAACGCUUCACAGUCCUUUAAAAAUGUCUAAACAGUGCGUUUAACUUUAAAAUAGUGCAUAAAAAUUGUUUAAAAAAGAUAAAGUAAAAUGUUUCACCGCGAGGUUUGUUAAUUUAGUAUGUGCAAAUUUUAUUGAAGUAUUAGGGGAAUCUUACGAUCUUUCGCGUUACGUUCAGUCAAAGAGCUCAAUCAGAAACCCCACGCUUUCCAACAGAAAAGCCCAUGUGCUUUUCCAUGCCAACAGUUGUACAAAACACUAACUAGCAAAGGCACAAAAAAUCCGUCCGCGUGCAGUUUUUGCUACGUUAUGCAAUAGUCAACCCCUCUAAUAUGGUUUCCGUGAAAAAAAUGUCUGCUCAAAAUUUGAUCAAAAUGUAAAAUAUUGCUCAAAUGUCGCCUGCCCUUCGAUUCAGUGUUAAAAUAAGUUCGAUUGUGCUCAAAAUCCCACGUCCAAAAAUAGUCAAAAGUUUUUUUAAAAAACAAUUGUUGUAGGCGUUCGUAUGUUGGACGGUAAAGCCACAGACGCACUAGAGGCCAGUUCACUUGGAUUCCAGCUUCAGUAUGUUGAUAUCUUUAGCAACUGUUGGGGUCCAAAAGACGAUGGAAAGACGUUUGGAAAGCCAGGUCCUUUAGCAGCUAAGGCACUCAAACGAGGAGCUGAAACGGUAAAUAGUAUAACAAAUUACAAAAAAGUUUCUUUCAAAAAGACUUCACUUUCACUCUACAAGUUUAGUUACAUAGAACCUUUCGUCAGAUUUAGUGCUAGUGUCUGGCUUAAAAUAAACUAAGAGUUUUAUAUAAGUGACCAGGCCAAUACAGGUGCAAAGAAAGACAUUUUUACAGCUUGUUGUUUGGGCAAGCUGAGGCUAACAUUUACUAGCCCAAACAAUAUUUCAACUAGCCCUAAAAACGUUUUGAUGAGCAGGUUGAUUUCACAAUUCUUCUGUAAUUUGAAUUCCUCAAAAAACUUCACUUGCCCGUCGGACAAGUUAAUAACAGAAUACACUAGCCCGAUAGCAAAAUCCAAUAGCCCCGGGCUAUUGAACAAUACUUUCUUUGCACGCAGAAUGUUCACGGACUUGUAUGUGCUCCGUAAAGUUUUCCGUGGUUUCGAGUAGUUUUUAAAUAUGAUUCGUCUUUCUAUACAAUGGCAGCUUCGCCGACGUUUUCUCUUUCCUUCGCUCACACUUCUGUACGAAGAUUAACUCCACCGGCCUCAUUCUUAAGUUCAACUUAACAAAACAGACUAAACAGCCGUGAUGAUGUCCCUUUUAAACUCUUUUAUCUUGUUUAAUGGCAGGUUUACUGUAAUGUUCUGCUGUCCUUUUUGUCACCAUCCGUUUGAGAUAAAAGCACAAACCCCCAGAGAUACAUCAACGUCUUGCGUACCUGUUAUGUCUUAUUUAGGGUCGCGGAGGUAAAGGUAACAUUUAUGUGUGGGCGACUGGUAAUGGAGGACUAACAGAUGACGACUGUAACUGCGAUGGAUACACUACCAGUAUAUAUACAGUAUCUGUUGGCUGCAUUGGUGAUCAUGGUCUGUCGGCUUACUACACUGAGCUGUGCUCAUCUACUCUGGCUGUGACUUUCAAUGGCGGUGCCCAUCGAGAAAAAGAAGAAAACAAAAUGGUACGUAACACUUAAACCAUUGAAACAUGUUUCGAAAUUUGUUUAUGGACCCUAUUUCAGACCAAAACGUGAUUUUCUCCUUCCCUUUUCAGACAUGAAGUGGUGGUGUCCUUACGAGGCAAAAAAAUGCCCAAUUCCGUAUGUUGGUUCAAGAGAGCACAAACCUCACCCUAUUUCAGACCAGAAAGGUUUAAGUCUUCACCCAAUUUCAGACCAAAAAAGGUCCAAACCCAUACCCUUUGGCGCUACGCAUACCGUAAAAUUCCGAAAAUAUUCCCCGGGGCUUAUAUUUUUCAAGGCCCUUUUUGAGGGGCUUAUUUUUGGAGGGGCCUAUAUUCGGCGGGGCUUAUAUACGGAGGGAAAUUUGCGUUAUAAAAUCGGUUGGGCGAGCUUGUAGUGGAAAGGAAAUUUACCAUUUUUGCUUUGUUUUACUUUGUGUUCGAGGGCAGAUUCCAAGUACAAGCCCCCCGGGGGGCUUAUAUUCGGAGGGGCGAUUUAACGGAGGGUUUUUUGCGUUACAAUUUUGGGGGGCUUAUAUUUGGAGGGGCUUAUACAUGGAGGGGCUUAUUUUCGGAAUUUUACGGUACCUAUACAGCCUGACGUUUUUGAGCAACUCACGUCGACCGGAAGUGGUCUUUUUUUUCAUUUUUGGACGAUAGUUUUGCCCAAAUUUGUGGACAAAUUGUCUCUGUAGUAGUCAAGACACAUAGAAAUACAAAUUUGGUAGCGUUAAAGGGGCUGUGUCACGGCAGUCCAGUUCAUUUUGUUUAAUUUUGCCAAUUACUCGCCCUCAAUCGAUAUGGAACUUAAAGUAAGCAAAGAAAUUACAUGUAAAUGACAAAAUCAGAGGUCCGAGGUAAACAAAUAUGCCUCCUGAGCAUUAUUAUUUGAAAUUGCAAGCAGCAGGGAUCAACUUCGAAAAACUGUUAGGCUGAACAGUUUUCAAAAACCCUAAUUUCAAUCCGUUUCAAUCUUCUUCAGUUUUGCCCAUCCCUGGCAUCUGUUGUUUCUGUUAUGUUAUUCAAACCUUUCUUUAAAGUUUUAAGCAGUUAUUUUUAUGUUUCUCUUAAUUUAACGGGCAUUUUGUAAUUUCCUAAUUUGGCUGAAUUUCGUGAUACAGCUGCUUUAAGGUACUUUAAAAUGAAAAACACCUCACUUCCGGUUGACGUGUGUCGCUCAAAGAUGUCUUUGAAGUCUCUCUUUUUCUUCAGAUUUAGUAAGGGAAGUGCACACGCGCGCGAGCGGCGAAGCCGCGAGGCGCGUGAAACGAGGGCGGCAGCCCUAGAAGAAAAAGACUCUUUUUUCGUGCCUCUGCCAUCAGUUACGCACGUGGCCAUUUGCGUGUCUAGCGGUUUGCUCGACAGACUACAGAAAAAAGAGAGACUUCUCGUAGUCUAAAUAUUGUAGGGACUAGGAAAACUGAUUUUGCUUUGCCAUUUCAAUGUGAAAAGCCGAGUGAAAAAUUGAGUGAGGACAAAGUACAGAGACACAUUGUGAGUUUAAUGAGGUGACAUUUCAUUGCAGAUUACAACUGAUCUUCAUCAUCAAUGUACAGAACAGUUUAAAGGCACCUCAUCUGCAGCUCCACUAGCAGCAGGAAUGAUAGCCCUCAUGUUAGAGGCAAAGUAAGCAUUUCAUUUCUCAGUCCAAUUUGAAGGUGUUUAGUUCGGACUUACAAGGCUAGAGUAGGAUGCCCUCUUUCCCAAGUUUAUCGCAUAUAACCCGUAUUGUUUGUUUGCUGGCGUUUUUAAUGUUGCACGUGUUUGUAGCGUUGUAGCGGAGUUAUUUGUUGAGACAUGUAAGGUGAGUCUGUGAAUGAAAUCCUAUGGUGUGACCAUUCAACUGAAACCUAUCUUCAGCCGUGCUUGAAGAUGGUACCCCGCCUAUCAUUAUACUGUAUAAUUAGGUUCAAAUUUUUGAGUCUAUGGAUGAAUGGGCCUUUUGCACGAUGACGUCAUUUUACUGCUAAGACCAGAAUCCUUCAGGGUUUUGCUUUCUUGUGCAAAUAAGGGCUUUUUUUAUUUGACCCUCGCUGGGAUUAACAAAUUUAAACGUGAAAGGAAAAAUGAAAAGGAUUCUGGACGUAGUAGUGAAAUGACGCCAUCAUUCAAAUGGCCGAUUUCUAUGGCGUCACCAUUAAAAUGAAACCUGGUAAUUUAAACACUACGUAAAAGAGAAUGUAUAAAAGCUUCAAGAAUUGGUCUGAUUUUAGGUUAGGCAAGUGUUUAAUGGCAACGUAAUGAAUCCGUUCUAACCAAUCAUAGCGCGUUGUUUUCAUUGAACACUUCAUUUGUUUGCAGUAACCGUCUGACGUGGCGAGAUGUACAACACAUUGUUGUCAGAACAGCCAAGCUGACGAGUCCUGUGGAUGAUGGCUGGAGAACCAACGGAGCUGGUUUUCAUUUUAAUCACAAGUUCGGCUUCGGUCGCCUUGAUGCUGAUGCUAUGGUGGAAAUGGCCAAAACCUGGACGACUGUUCCACCUCAAAGAAUCUGUACAGGAGCCGCAAGUUUGGAAGAACGGUGAGAUAGUUUACUUUCCUAUAGCCUACAUUGGCAAUUAUUGGAUUCGGCUUUUGUAUGAUGUGAAGAAUUAUAGAGAUCUCGGAAGCUGUUAUCGGUCAUCCGUCGAGUUGUAUUCUUUUUGUUCUUGCUAUGUUUUAGGAAGUAGUUCGGCUAUUUCUUCUUCGCGAAACGUGUGAAAUGUUCCGCCAUUUUGUACCGCCCUACCAAAAGAACACAACCUCAUCCCCAGGGCCUCUCUGUUGCCGUUGUUUUUUGGCGAUUAAUCUGUACUAUUGACGUCAUUUUAUCGUAUAUUGGAAACGUCUUCGGUUCCAAAUUUGGUCAACGCAAGCUGGUUCUAAAGAAUUAGCCGUGGAAAUUGAGCCAAUCAGAAACGGAGAAAUAUUUUGAAUGAAUAAUAAGGGCAGAAACAAGUACAAGUAAGAAUAUUAAUUGGCCGUAGGCAAACCAGUUGACUACUUACAAGUAUGGCCGAGGAGAUGAACGCAGGUCUAUCGAGAAUAAAUCAAUACCAAUCCGACGUAGCCCCAUAGUCACUCAAAAAUUACCCCCCUAUCCCUUUGGAAAUCAAGGCCGGGGAAAGGAACUCCUGUCUUGUGUAUGUCCCCUCCUAGCAACCCCCCUUCACUUCCCCCUCUCCAAACUUCGUAUGAAAAUGCUUACGCCUUCAUUUCCGUUAGUUCAUGUAAUCAUGCAUGAUUGGUCUCGUAUAUUUCCCAGGGACAUUCCUUCAGGAGGCGCGCUGGAAUUAUCUAUACCCACCAAAGCGUGCGCGGGAACUGUGGCCGAGAUAAACAAACUUGAGCAUGUAGUGCUGACCAUCAGCUUCAUUCACCGGAGGCGCGGUGACGUCAGUGUUCUUUUGAUGUCGCCGUCAGGAACAAAGAACGAAAUGCUGUCCACACGUCACUAUGACGACUCCAAGGAGGGACUUGAUAACUGGGGCUUUAUGACGGUGCACACUUGGGGUAAGUGAUAUUUUUUGAGAGGACUGUGGACUCUCGCUAAGUCGGACACCUUUGAUACUGAACCAAGUGGCUGUAUUCAAGACAGACACCCCAGCACUCUCUGUAUUAAAAGGCACUCCUGCAUUAUAGAGAGUCUAAUAAAUAGAGGAUAUUACACGGUGGCGCGAAGAUAUGAAUUUUAUUUUUGAGAGGCAAAACAUUAUCCGCGAGUGAGUAAAUAUUGUUUUUGCCACGAGAAAAUAAAAUUUAUAUCUUCAACCCGCCGUGUAAUGUUCUUUUUAUUAUACAGACAAAAAGACAUCGAUAAAAUAAUGGAUUUUUAUUUGCCAAAAAGUAAUUGUGACGGCUCAAAUUUGCAAUACAGCAAUAUAAGACAUUGUUCACAAUAAUCUUGAGAAAUGACACUGAGCUGAAUAGGGCUCUACAUUGACAAAAUAUAAGCAAAGCUUUGAAAAAUGUGUAAUUAAAAUUCAAAGGACGCAAGACGCCUACAAAUUUUGGAGGGAAAUUACCGAAAUUACGUCAUCGAUAAACUCACGUGUGAGAUUAUGGAAAAUAAACCACUCGGGUCCCGGAUGUAGUUUUUAUGAAUUUUACGAGUGGUAUAUUUUCCAGUAAAACACUCGCGUCUAUAUAUUAAAUAAUAAUAAUCAAAGAACAUUGAGGACCCAGUUCUUUUUGGUGUGUGUUUUAGAGAUGUGUCCAUACACAAGGAGUUGACUGUGUGGAAAGUUGUCUUAAACAUGCGCACUAUUGGGCUUUGAACUAAGAGGCAAUCUUAGAGGAAUGUCCCCCUUAUGGGACAUUACAUAAGAACGACAGGGACCAACUUAGAGGGUGUCCGUACACAAAGAGAUGUUUUUAUAUGGUGAACUCUUUCUAAUCAGGGACACCACUGAGAGUGGCAUUAAAUAGCCGUGUAAGGGAGUCUUCACUGCGUCUUGCCUUGAUGUCUAAAGGCGAAUUUUACUGGAUUCGGGGAAUCUGCCCACCUACCCCUCCCCUAAACCAACGUUGAAACUAACUUUUCAUGUAGGGCAAAAUUGUUGGGUUGGGGGAGGGGUAGGUGCGUGGGCAGCUUCUUAGAAUCUUAUAUUGAUCCAGUUCAAUUUGUCGCUCCACCAAGGUGAGAAUCCGCGUGGCUUCUGGCAGCUUAAGAUAAUCGACAAUCCGCUAAAUGAGAUUGGUGACCGAGUACUGAAUGGCUACGGGACUCUACAUCUGGACACCAGCAAACAAGACACAGAUGUGGAAGACUUAGAAGAACAAGUCAUAGAUGACCAGACCAAGCAGCAACAAGCUAAAGUACAGCAGAUGAGGCUCCAGGUACUAUGAAUAUCUUUUGCUCUUAUCACUUGCCAUUUAAGCGGCAACAAGAAAACAGAGAGCUGCAAAUAACAGUCCCAGGGAGGACUCGUAUACCUUCCAUAGGUAAACGGCACCCCUUUCACAUACGUACUAAACAAUAUCGCUUUUCACCGCUUUGUUGUCUGUUUUAACGUAGCUUUUAAGGGAGUAAACCCUUACUAAAUCUAGUCUAGGGUCUGGCAAGGAGUAUUUCGUCGUAAAAAAAACACCGUGAAAAUGUCUUGUUGAAACUUUUAUCUAUUUUAUUGACUCAUUUUACAGAAUGACCAUGUAGACUUUCCGUAUCCACCGGGCGUCAGGAGAGAUCAUGUUCAUCAUCACAACAGUUCAGAAAUGAGUGAACAAAGUGUGAUUGAUGAUCUGUAUAACCUCACAGAAAGCGAUGUUGCGAGCACUACAGAAUACGUAUAUGACAGAAGUAGAAUCGCUUAUCCCGAGGAAUCGGGAAGCGGGCUUGUGUCUGGUAGUGGCGAGGGAUACCCGAGGGAUAGGUUAUAUGUCGAUGGGUCUGCUAGUGGAGACAAUAUUGAAGACCUUGACGAUGGCUCCCAAGGCGAAGAACAGGACACUUCAUAUCCCGAGGGAUCGGGCAGUGGCGCGACAUCCCGCGAGGAAGAGCCUGACGUCGAGGAGGAUCUCGUCACUGAUAGUAACAACGAUUUCCAAAGAGCGUUCGUGAAGACGCUUAAGAAAAAGAAAUUUAAAUCCACAAGUACAGAAACACCAUCUGUAGGGAAGAAAAGUGUUUUAGUCGAUAAUAAUUCAAAUAACAUCAAGAAAAAAGUACAAGUAGCCGCUGAAGAGACUGCUACUCAACGUGUUCAAGUAAAUGCUGGCUAUGAAAAUCCCGAGAUCCCGUGUUUAGCGAGUGGGUGCUCGGGUGUUCUUUUAAAAUGGGUGCUGACAUUUUAUGGAACUGAAAAUUAACUGAAGAACCUUUAGUGUAGAGAUUUUUAUCAAUUUAUCGAUUUUAUAAUUGAAAUUCUCAAAUUAGUCGGACGUGUCUUCAAUUUGAAGAUCCUGAUACCUAUGGCAAAUGUGUUGCCAUGACUCUCUGCUCUCAAGUAUGUGGGUCAGACUUCACAGCAUUUUGGCUCCGCAAAUUUGACUGUCAUCAAAUUGAAAUCACUUGCGCUACAAAUAAACAAAUGAAGAAAAGACACAAACGAUGCUCUUUCGAGUUAAGAGCUGGAAAAUGCUCAUUAAGUAGCUUUUUUGAAGCGCGAAACAGAAACAAUUUCGCAGUUGAUUCUGUUUACCCUAGCUAAACUUAAUUACUGACUUGAAAUCGCAUGACCACGUUGUAGCCAAUAAGGUAUGAAAGCGUGCUUGCGUGAGUUUCCCGCGUGUGGAAACCUCUCUAAACCAAGUCACGCGACUUUCACGCGUGUAUCUACUCGCAUCACUUAACAAAUUCCGAUGUCCACGAAAACUUGCGAGCACUAAGCAUUUUCUUCAUGGACUUUUCAAGAAGAUCUUUUGGAAAAUAGUAAAUUUCAAGGAUUCGUUCCAAUAGCUAAACACUCCGUUUUCCCCUCACAAAUCCAACACAAAUCUUUCAGAUGUUGCUUCGUCUGUUAUCGCUAUGUACAGUAAUAAUUCGUCGCGAUCAUUCUUGUCAUUCACUUGUAGUUCUCUCAAAUAGUGUUGCUCCUUUUUCACCACUUUACUAAAUAAAAGUUGAAUUUUUCUUGAGGUUGGAUGUUGCUUGUAGAUGUGGCUAGGUAAAGAGUGUUUAGAAAACGCUAGAGAAUGCAGCAAGUCCACUGAAAUAUAAUGAACUAUAAAAGAUAAAGGGAAAACUUUGUCAUAGUCAAUGGUUGCUCAUAUGAUGUUUUUGAAGCAGCAAAGUGGAUAGUACUCGCCAUAUAUGACCAGGAAUCCAUAACCAGGAGCGAGCACACCUGAUGGUAUAGUUUAUCUGCCUCCUCAGUUAUGAAUAAAGCCUGUUCCAGGCGUUUAAGGGCCUGUUUACCCGAAGGUCGGGGACCCCAGGUAGGUGAGGUAACCCGUAAUCUCUCAUAUGGUCACCCCACCUAUCAUGUAAACGUGAUCAAAUAAAAGUGCCAGAUUUUAUGGCCCGGGUUACCCCACUUACAUGUAAACAGGCCCAAAAUAGUGGGGACAGCGCAAAGUGAGCAGAAAAACAGUGAUAGGGUUGAAGGUGGGGGGGAUUUUAUGGACAGCCCGGGUUGCCCCACUUUCAUGUAAACAGGCCCAAAAUAGUGGGGACAGCGCAAAGAAAAGUGAGCAGAAAAACGGCGAUGGGGUUGAGGGGGGGGAUUAAAUGGACAGCCCAGGUUCCCUCACUUUCAUGUAAACAGGCCCAAAAAAGUAGGGACCGCGCAAAGAAAAGUGAGCAGAAAAACAGCGAUGGGGUUGAAGGAGGGGGGGAUUAAAUGGACAGCCCGGGUUCCCUCACUUUCAUGUAAACAGGCCCAAAAUAGUGGGGACAGCGCAAAGAAAAGUCGAGCAGAAAAACGGUGAUGGGGUUGAGGGGGGGGGGGGGGAUUAAAUGGACAGCCCAGGUUCCCUCACUUUCAUGUAAACAGGCCCAAAAAAGUAGGGACAGCGCAAAGAAAAGUGAGCAGAAAAACAGCGAUGGGGUUGAAGGGGGGGAUUAAAACAGGCCCAAAAUAGUGGACAGCCAGAAAAACAGCGAUGGGGUUGAAGGGGGGGAUUAAAUGGACCCUCCCUCACUUUCAUGUAAACAGGCCCAAAAAGGGGACCAAAAAAACAGUAGGGACCGUGCAAAGAAAAGUGAGCAGAAAAACAGCGAUGGGGUUGAAGGGGGGGGGGAUUAAAUGGACAGCCCGGGUUCCCUCACUUUCAUGUAAACAGGCCCAAAAAAGUAGGGACAGUGCAAAGAAAAGUGAGCAGAAAAACAGCGAUGGGGUUGAAGGGGGGGGGAUUAAAUGGACAGCCCGGGUUCCCUCACUUUCAUGUAAACAGGCCCAAAAAAGUAGGGACAGUGCAAAGAAAAGUGAGCAGAAAAACAGCGAUGGGGUUGAAGGGGGGGAAAAUGGGGUUGAAAAAGGGGACAGGCAAAGAAAUGGACAGCCAGCAAUGGGGUUCCCUGGACACCCUUCUUUCAUGUAACUAGGCCCUAAAAAGUAGGGACAGGGCAAAGAAAAGUGAGCAGAAAAACAGCGAUGGGGUUGAAGGGGGGGAUUAACUGGACAGCCCGCGUUCCCUCACUUUCAUGUAACUAGGCCCUAAAAAGUAGGGACAGCGCAAAGAAAAGUGAGCAGAAAAACAGCGAUGGGCUUGAAGGGGGGGAUUUUAUGGACAGCCCGGGUUCCCCCACGUUCGUGUGAUUGAUGGGGUUCAGAAAGAAAAGGAGCAGAAAAACAGCGAUGGGGUUGGGGGGGCUGGGAGAGAAAUGAUGUUGUUCCCUCCACUCCCCCUCUUCUGCCUUUUUUCUCCGAUCUCCAUUUCGCGCCUCUCUCCACUAUCUGAAUGAGAGAAAUGAGAGAAAAUCUGAAAAAUUCUUUCUAACUGAUCAAACUUGUCGAGUUAUGCAGCUCCCUAAACAUAUAUAAAUAUGCAUACGUUUUUCGUUUUUUCAUGUACUGAGAAAAUAUGAAUGAAACUUUUAUUUGGUAAAACUGCUUUCACGAACUUCAAAUCGAGAAAACAAAAAUUUAAUUGGCACCAAAAAUUAUGUUCUACUGUCCCCGAGCCAGGGUUUUUACACAGUUUAGUCUGAGGUCGGGUCUACAAAUCCGAGUGUUUUGGUCUAGAAUAGGGUCUCCGGGUGGAAUUUAGAAUAUCGUUGCAAAUGCAGCUGAACAUAGUUUGAUGAAGGCUAAGGGUAUCAGCUUUACAAUGGUACACAACCACCCUAAUGACAAGGAUGUAAACUGUUAGCAAAGGACUGUACAGUACUAAAACUGGCAAUUUCGCUUGGGCUUUAGUCAGUUCUCAGAUUGUCGGUCUAGACAAAUUUCUUUACCUUUCCCUUGAAUGGAAAUUCGUGGCAAGAGAACUCAUUCCAUAUCCACCAAUUAUGUCUCCUUUCCUGCUCGAUUUAAUCUCGGGGUUUUUCUCUGGAUCACUAUUGCGUUAACAAUUCGAUUCUCGGAUCUGACUCUUCCCCAGUUCUCUCUCACCUCUCCGUAGUGCCGCGCUAAGUGCCGCGCAGGGAUAGUUGUUAGGGGGGAAAUGGAGGGAAAGACAAUAUUCUCUUCUCCCUUCCCAUCAUCCCCUGUUCCCGCCAUCGUGUGCGUAACGAAGACGACGGUGGAAGAGACCUUGGAUAUCUAACUGUUUCGAAUUCCUCUCCUAGUCAACCAAUCAUGUCUCUUCUCAAGCGCCUUUUUUCAUACAUGUCAAAUUUAAGAGGGGUUUAUAGUGACAACGCUUCCUUUAUAAUUUUUCCCUUGGGAAGUCACUAGCUUACGUACAGACGUCUCCUAUUCCCAUUGUUUCACGCGGAGAAGGGACAUAGGAAAUAGGAGAAGUCUGCUCACUGGCUCAGAAAUUUCUUUCAAAGUGCUAAAUUUCUCUGCAGAUCAACCAGUCAUGUCUCUCUUCGUGUGCCUUUUUUCAUGAGUUUUACCCAUUGCAAAGAAAUCCGCUUGGAGCUAGUUGAGCCUGUGAUGAUCAGUUGAAAACUAGUAACCCGUCAGCAGACAACUUCAAAAGAAAACGUAACCUCGAUGGAUGGAUACUUGAUCCCACGACAUGGUCAUGUGAUACUGGUCAUUGGCUACCCUGUUUUGACAACUGUCAAUUGACCACAACAUCGAUGUGCAAUAUCAUGUUGCAGACCCCCACACUAGCUAGAAAAAGGUGACAUUCACCUUGGUUUCCUCGUGUUGUGGACGGGCGGGCGGGCUUAAGGUCACGUGACUAUCGAAAUUUCUCAAAUGGAUUGCUGGUUUUCAGUGUUAUGCCAUUCAAAAUAGAUCAAAAUAAAAAUCAAAACCGUUCAGAAUCUGGGAAAUGAAAGGAGGUAAAUAUGCAAAGACCCUCGCCAAGAUUCAGGUCAGAGCAAUAUCUCGCAUACGAGAUAUCCGAAGAAAUGUUUUCACAAAAUUAAUAGAAAUUUGUAUGGAUACGCCAUACUGGUGCCCAUCCGGAUGACCACCAACAUGGCGAACGGAAACGAACAGAAACAUCUGUUACCGAGUUUUGCUACAAAAGCGUGAAUUUAUUCUUCGAGGAACUCAUAAACAUUAAAGUGAUACUUUUUCUAAUACAUGAACUGUUUAGAGAGCAAAAUUCCCUGAAAUAAGUAAUUUCUUUCACCAACAUGACAGCUCUCUUGACCGUCAUGUAAAUACCGCGUCACGCAAAAUUUUAGAAAUUCAAGCGUACUCUAUCACACAACCAAGAACCCUUUUGAAGCGAAAAUUUGUAUGAAAAUUAGUUUUCCGCUGUUCUAAUACAUCGUGGAAGUAAAAUAUUGGUUCUAUCGAUAGUUUUGUAGUUUGGAUUUUAGUGACGUCAUGUGAAAACCAACAAUAGAUAACCAAAAGCAAGCGCGUGGGGCUUCGCCAUCAAAAUCCCUUCCAAGGUACUGUCCUGCAUGAAAUUUUCCUCCAACUUAACCAAUCAUAUUUCGCGAACAAUUCUUGUAAGGACCAGUGGGCAAACAGCAGCGAGGAAAAGCCGGCUCAUUGUUGUAGAUCAGGAUCAGCAAUACAAAAUAACACUUAAAAUUGAAGGCAAGCUGAUCGGACAUCUAAGGGUUACAAAUUUGCGGUUUGCUCAACUGAUUUCGGCUAGACAAAACUAGUCUUCAUCAGAGGUCAGAAGGCUUUUCUAGCCCCCGAUGAAAACUAGUUUUGCGUAGUCGAAAUAUUGGUGCGAUCAGCCUUGCCUUCAAUUUUCAGAUUCAUAUUACGUCCUGUUAAACGCAAUUUUCAUGCAGAUUUAAUUUCAGAGUUUUUUUCACGGAUUUUUUCCAGCAUAACCAAUCAUGUCUCUUGCUUUGUAUUGGACACAAUUUAGAUACUGAUUAAAUUCAAAGGCAGUCAGUUCUUGGCAACCAUUCUUUUUCCACAAUACUUUGGAAUCGCUUCCAAUGCAUCAUGAGUUCCCCUUCAAAUGGACCAAUCAUUUUUUUUUCUCGUCGUUUUCUGUUCAGGCGUCUUUUGGGUUUGUUUAAUUCUAGCUUUCGGUUCUCUUAUAUAACUGUUCUUUUAUCCCUACCAAGUUUCAUUAAAUUUCUUCUUGGCUUGACCAAUUAGAACUUUCAACGUUAAGGGCAUUUUUUAUACAGAUUUUGUUACUAUUUUUUUUAGUUCUCCGUAACAAACAUAUUCUGUGUGAUACACCUUGCGAAUGUAUCAACACGCAUGGCUAACUAAACAAGACGAAGUUUAGCGAAGCGUUUGCAGCAAGACAACCCACAACCUGCCACCACCAUGAUUUAUUAUGUGCAUCAGACUGGUUAAGUAGAUGGCCAAUCCAAUAAUUUUUCAACAAAAUUAGCUUCAUUUUCUAUAACUAUUUCCCUAAAAAAACUAUAAAAUGAAACCAUUGCGAUGGCGAGCUUACAUCACGUUGCUCUUUCUCCUCUCUGAAACUGCCAUUCUCCUUGGAAAACCCGCUAGGAAAUCACGAAAACGUGGAAAGAGGACGCUAGAAUCGACGCCAAAGCUUACAAGAAGAGAAUGGGAACAACUCCAUAAGUUCGAAGAUGCACUCAAAAGCGAAUCUGGAGAGCUAAUGUUCACAAAUUCCUGGGCGGUCAAACUCGACCCAGCGGAGAUUAAGGUAGCGGAUAGAAUUGCUGAGAAACAUGGAUUUAUAAACUAUGGUCAGGUAGGAAACGUUUACUCUUUAUGUUAUUUGUGCGGGUGUUCUGGCCGGCUGAUAUUGAAACGUCAAUAAUUACACCUGGUGGUAGAUGCAUUGAGGAAGUGCAACUUUUUAUUGUUUCACCGAACGUUUUCUUCCUGGGAAGAAUUCAAGAGAUAUAAGUGCUCCGAGAUGUUAACUAGGCUGGUAGAUGAUCCCGGCGUUUCUUGACUCAUAAGCGAUCUUACAUCGUUACGCAAAAUGCGCCAUGCCACUAACAACAGAUACCUGACUGUUAUUACUAGCUACCAGUGAUCUUAAUUUUUAGGAGAUUUGCCUCUUUGAUUCUCUUUUCUGUUUAACUUAUACACUUGUUCAUUUCAUGCACGUUGAGAGAUUUUUCAUACUUUCUUGUUCAGCUUUAUCAUGCAAUAUCAGCGUAAAACUCAACUCUUUCCUCUGAGACUUUUGUAGAUACACCCUCUUUAAACAGUUGUUUAAAACAUAAAGGUAAACACGAUUCUUUUAUGAGGUUGUUUUUAUUACUUUCAUUGGAAUUAACAAACCGAUUAGUUGCAACUUCAAUGAUUGUUUAUAUUAAUCACAAGUGGUAUUUUACCACAAGUGGUAUUUAAAAACAAAUUAAGCAUCGACAUGAUACGUUACGUUCGAUUUAUUAGCAGUUGGCUUUGAGAGUAAGGCCAAGAAACUUGACCAAAUAAAGUAACUGAAUGCACAUCAUAUAUACUCGCUAAGAUUAAGUAUGUUAUCAAGACAUUAAAAGGAGAAAAUGGAACUGGUUGAUCAGAUGUAAGUUGUUCCAUAUAUUAGAAGCCAAAGUUCUUCGAAAUUCUGACCACACCCCCUUUUAUCAAAUGAGUGAAGCGGAACAGUAUUUUGAUAAAGAACAGCAAUGUACGGUCAAUCUUGUCAGUCUGUUCGGGCGCUGAUAUCCCGAUUCAACAUAACCAUCAGCCACGCUCUUCUCUCCCCAGAGAUACGAAAAGGAGGGAUGUUGGAAAAGGGGGGCGGCUCGCGUUGCUAUUCGCCCUUGUUGGAAAAGAGAUGGAUACAGCUAAGAACGGACUAUGAUUUAACUUCCGGGCUCCAUAUUUGAAAUUCUGUAAAUACAAAGAGAAAUUUCGCAUAAAUGUACCAUCAUAGUUUAAAAAGUGCUGCUUGUUACUAUACUACUAUUACCGUCAAAUAGCUGACUCAUCAGCCAAAACUGAAUUUGAGGUUGGGGAGUUUUGGUCACUGGGACUGUGUCAAGUCGGCUGUAAUUUGCUGUUUUUGAUGUAGAUAGCUCUCUGGAUCUGCUGUAUUCGUCCUUUUUUUGUCCACCAAACUUCGAAUCCCGCCGUUGAAUUUUGGUUUAACGAUAUUUUUUGCACUCACUUUUCCUUUAUAAGGUUAAACGUAGGUACAAGUAGCAAUCAUUGGAUUAGACGUUCGUAUGAUCUGAAGAAUAGUAGAUCUAGGAAGUGUUUGGCCUCGGCGGAUAACACACUCUGAGAUCUGCAUAAUUCUUCAAUUCAUACGAAUGCCGAAUCCAAUAACUGUUUUAUUACUCAUUCAAAAUAAUUAAUCUUUUAAGAACGUGCUUACUGCGUUAACAGUUACCUUCUUCAUUUGCCUGUUCCUUGUCAAAUUCAAGAUUUUGAAGAAUGAUUAGUCUGUGGCCGGUUGUGUUCCUUCUAUUUUCUUUGAGCGUACAAACGUUUCUUCUUUGAAAAACGUUUCACCAUUUUUCCAGCUCGGACCAACACUCUGGGUCUUAAAAUAGCAGAGGAGAAAGUGCUGCCUUUGUAAAAACAUCUGCAAACGAUUAGACUUUCUACAGUCUUCUAGGAUAAGAACGAUAAACGUAGGCUCUGUCUCACAACCCCUGUAGAUAUAAAUUCUGUGGGACGUGAAAGAACCCACACUCUGUUCGUAAAGAGCAGUGGGCGUUGUCCCCGGUAUGGUGGUCUAUCUCUCGUGGAGGAAGGGACUGUUACGGGCCCGCAGUAAUUGGCGUCUCGCGCUGUUGCAGUGACCCUGCAAGGAACUGGCCAACCUAAGUAAACAGCUGAGCCAACCAGCUCCCAGUUGGCUUGCCGGUCCAAUUGGUUAAAGUGCUGCACCGGUAAGGAAGAGGUGGUCAUGGUUCGGGUCUCAGUACGCAUUUUUUUUUUUCAGGUUUUCUUUUCGCAAUUGCAAAAAAUGCUUAUUUAACUAUGAUGAUCGUCUCUGCAUUCAUUUCUUCAUUCCGCAGUUUAAAUACAUAAAACUGCUAUAUUCAUCAUUCCAGUUCUAGAGUAAGAGUAGUCGAUUGUAAUCACAAAUAGAGGUAUUGUUUUAAUACAGACCGACGAGGAGUUGACGUCUUGUGCAAUGAUAUUUUGACCAUUUUGUUUGUAUUCAGGUUGGAUCACUAAAAGGUUAUUAUCACUUUAAACAUGAAGGCAAAGGAUUGCGGCACAAGCGCCAUCUACACGAAAAGACCAGAUUGUUACUAUCUGAAGAUGAAGUAAGAUAAACCUCCAUUAAAUUUAAGCUAUGGAUUGAUGGUCGUUAAAAAUAAUAAGAAAGUUUUGCUGAGCUUUCGGAGCACCUCUCCAGGAUCUUAUUACAAGAAUUAAGUCAGCACAUCAGCUGAUCGAUCAAUCAAAACAAACAGCUGGUCCAAGAUCCUAAGCUAAAAUGUGUCACAUGUAUAAUUUUAUAACAAUUGACAAUUUUUAGAAACAAUACUCGAUAUGAAAUAUCUCAACUUAGGACGCAUUCGAAUUUAAGGAGCCAAGAGCUGGAUGGCUCCAAAAGCUCUGCACUUAUAACUGAUUUCAACAAAAUAAUCGUCAGAGUUGGUCCCUGUCAGUAGGUUAUGAUUUUGCAGAUUGGAAAAGCACGUAGGCCUCGUAACAAGUUUAUGUUGAGAAAUUCUGUUUCGCGUGGUAGGGUCACCCUCCCAGCCAAGUAAACUUUAGCAAGCGUUUAUAUCAGAACAAAGUUGACUUCUUUGCCCGAGCCAACAGCGCUCGCGCAUGCUCUGUAAUUCUGUCACCUUGACCGAGUUGACCCGGUUGGGCGAGCCAAAGUGUUUAUAUGGAAAAAAAGUUAGCCCGGCUAGGAAGGUGACCCUACCAGCACUAAAGGGUGACCCGCGUAAUCGAGCCAACUUUUUCUUUCUCAUGUGAACGGUUCGUUAUGUCUUGUAAUGAGGAAAUGUAUGAAAAGUUGGCUGGCCCAGGGUAACUCGCUAGGUGGGUGUCCCCUCUACCCGCGACUAACGGGGCCUUAUUGAACCAUCGGUAAAAGAAAACUAUCCGCAGACUCAUUAUACAAUAAAAAUUAUUCAUUCGCUUAAAGGCUUUCCCAACUGAUGAAAACGUGUUCUUAGUGUAGUUUAAGGAAUUUUGGAACAGCGCAUUUACGUAUUUGAAGAAAUGUAAUGGUGAAGUUAACAAAUACGGAGGAGCGUUACCUGUGGCCGAGACGGUAUUCUCGCAAGAGAAUUGAUGAUGUAUCAGAGACUACGGAGGACAAGCUAAGUAACAAGCCGGUGCUAAUAUAAAAUGCAAGUUUUGUUUGUUGUUAAUUUCAGGUUGUAUGGGCUGAACAUCAACAUGUUUUAGAAAGAACAAGAAAGGAUGGUAUACCAACGGAUCCAAAAUUUAAUGACCAGUGGUAUCUUGUAAGUCUAUUUUACUUUACUAAGUAACCAGGCUAGGUUUAUUGGGCAUUUUAUACACCCCUGCACAACUGAAAGUUUUAAUGAACUUAGGAUGAGGUACCUCUUUUUAAGGUUUAUGUGGCCUUUAGAGCUACCCUCUUUGGGGUCCAAGAACGUCCUUCUUCGAUGUUUGUAUGAUUCGCCGUUUGGUGAAUUUUGCAAUUUGCGCAAUGAAGUCGACAUAUUUAAAGUUUAAGAGGCCAAACUAUACACUUUUUCAUAUUGAAGUUCGGAAGCUUUUUUUUAAAUUUGGUCCGUUGAAAAAUCUUCUUUCCGCUCUCUGCUUCCUAAGUAAGUGAACAUAAACUCUAGGAGAAGAGUAAAACGUUCUUCAGUCCUAGCUGCAAGACAUACAGUAACUGUUAUCAAGUAACAAGCUGUUGAUCCCACAUUUUCUUAGGCUCAAUUUCCGCCGCUCUCUCGGGUUCUCACGGGACAAGGCUGUGGGAUCAUUUCCCGAACAGCCUAACGCUUUCAAGGCUGUUUGAAAAAGGAAACCAACUUUCUUAGUUUUGAUUUAUUCUAGUUUAAUUACAAAAGCGAAUUUGGUUGAUUGGUUCUUCAUUAAAUGCUUCCAUCGCCUUUAAUGUAGAAGCGAUUGAAUGUACUCUACCUUUCUUCACAGUUAAAUCAAGGCCAGUCCACAGGUCCAGCUGGCGUCGACCUCGAUGUGAUGCCAGUUUGGCGACAGGGAAUCACGGGAAGAGGGGUAGUUGUUAGUAUUCUUGAUGACGGAGUGGAUCACACGCAUCCAGAUCUUAGAGAUAACUUUGUAAGUUCACAUCAUUAACUAUGGUUCAUUAUCGGCGGAUAAAUGUCUGGUCUGCGGUGUUUUAUCUGUGAUGAAACAUCAUGUCUUGUGUUCCCUAUACCACUUGAAAAUACGACAAAAGACUUUCAACAUAUAUUGUUUUAAUUUCUUUUGCAGUUAAUCUGUUUUUCAACGUGAUAAGGAAAGAAGCAAUUGUUCUUAACCCCCCACCCCGGGUCUUAAACAUUCUUCCCUCACUAAUUGUUAGCUCUGUUUGCUACCACUAUUGGUAUUAUCACUGAAACUGCGAAACAUAAUAAAAAGUGAUUGGCUACAUUACAAAAAAAAAAGAAUUAAAUACUAACUUUAAUUUCUUUGCCAGUUGAAUGUCAGAAAUUCAUUUUUUUCUUUUUAAAUAGAACGAAUUGAAAAUGUUUGGAGUCAGUUGAUAUUUUGGUUUUGUUUUCCGAAGGAUCAAAAAGCGAGUUAUGAUUUUAACGACAUGGAUGCUGAUCCAAAGCCAAGAGACAGUGAUCCUGAUAACUGGUUUGUUAAUCACUUAUUUAUGGAUUUCUUUUGCUAGUUUCUAGGCCUUUAACCUCAGAGAUUAGGACUGGGCGAUUUCUGAGGGACACGCUUUAAAACCGAGCCCAAUAUACAUUGUUUGUGUUGACCUAAGACUCAAUAAUCUCUCUCGACCACUGAGCAAGUGAAUUACUUGGAUACUGUGUCUAUAUUUUGGUGGCUGCUAUCAAGACAUUUCGACGUCGGUGAAAUAAACAAUUCGGCCGUUGUUUGAAAACCAGAUGAAACAUUCUAUCUUGUGUAUGACAUCUCAUUUGUCAACUUGUAUUUGUUCAGAAAUAUCUUCAUCAGUGUGUAAAGCUGGAUCGUAUAGCCUAUACAAAAUCUGCCCCAGUAUCGUAUUUUCUAGCGCAAAAGUGUUGAAUGCUCUGUUAACAACGUGAAAGGUUAAAAAAAACCUGGAAGUAUCCACUGAAAGAUAACACAUCGUGCGAAAUGGAAAUGCUAACAUUUUGCUAAUUUUUAGGGUUAAUUAGUUGAUUUCCCAAACGAUUCUAGGAGCUUUGCACAUCUUCGUGUACAGUCAAUCUUUUUGUUUGAAGCGGCGUCUAGCCCUCAUACAUUCACACUAAAUAGAGUGCUGCGUACCUACUGUUUGAGACCAAAAAAGUAUAUGCAAAAGCUUCCAUGACAUUCCUGAGGCCCUGUCAGGAUAAAAUCCCAACAAGCGACAUGGCCUUGUAACAUUGGACAACAGAAAUGGUGACAAAUGACACAAACAUGGCUUGAAACCGCGACAGUGACAGAGAAAAGCGCAAAUAGCAGAAUACCGACAGCGACAUGGCUUCCUCCUCAUUAUACGCGAAACGACAGGCUUUGAAAUUCAGACUAGUAAGGACAUACGUAACCCCACUAAAAGGGUCUCAUUCCUUAAAAUCUUUUUUUCUAUUUUCUAGUCAUGGUACGAGGUGCGCUGGAGAAGUGGCAGCAGUUGCCAACAAUAGCAUCUGCGGUGUAGGAGUGGCUUAUGAUGCCAAUAUAGGAGGUAUGGGAAUACUAUAACAAUGUCAAUAUAAGAAGUAGGAAUUCUGUUUAAUCUGGAAUGAGGCUUUUAGAUUCAGGAAACAAAAAAGAACCGAAAGUUAACAGUAGUAGAAACCGCCCAGAUGGUGAUCAAGAAAAUUUGGCAGGGUGGGCACAAAGGAAUUUUCCUGUUACUAGCCCUUCCAAUACUUCGAUCCCAGUUCCUCACACCUUCAAAACUUAUUAAGCAGCAGUCUGAGUACGCCUCUUUUCACGGGCGUGUGAAACUAAACCCUAUGAAAGGCAUCUACCAUCGCAGGCUACUUGAGUACGAGAUAUUGCAAAACGUUUCUCUUACGCAUUUACCAGACUACUCCGUCAAAGGAAACAAUUCGAAGACAACAGAUUGAUCGCAGGUUAAGCAACUCCAAAACAUUUUUUUAUCCCUAACGUAGGAGUGAGAAUGUUAGAUGGUCAAGCAACUGAUGUGUUGGAAGGGAGUUCACUAAGCUUUCAAUCCGAGUAUAUUGAUAUCUACAGCAAUUGCUGGGGUCCUAAAGAUGACGGAAAGACGUUCGGAAAACCAGGAAAACUUGCACAAGAAGCGCUAAUGCAGGGCGCUCUUAAGGUAAAGACAAAGACUACGUUUGAUGUGUUGUUUAUUUACUAAAGUUUGAAAGUAUUUCACAAAGUAAAUCUUCCAAGGUUUUGGAAUAUUACAUCACUCAACUUUUUCCGUUAUUAGUAAGAGUCCUUUGUUUAUUCCAAGCGCUGCCUGAAGCAUUUUUAAAUGAUUUAAAAAUCAUUUUGCCCCUUUCUUUAUCUAAACAUUCACAGGGUCGUGGAGGUAAAGGUAACAUUUAUGUGUGGGCGACUGGUAAUGGAGGACUAACAGAUGACGACUGUAACUGCGAUGGAUACACUACCAGUAUAUAUACCAUAUCAGUGGGCUGUAUAGGUGACCAUGGCCUGUCAGCUUAUUACACCGAGCUAUGCUCGUCCACUCUAGGAGUUACAUUUAAUGGAGGGUCACAUCGGGAGAAAGAAGAAAACAAAAUGGUAAUAUGAUUUAAAACCUUUAACUGAUUAUUAAAAUAAUUAAAAUGGCAAAUGGUUCAGUAGCCGUCACCCUGCGUGCAGAGCUUGAUCCGGCAGAAGAAAAGAAGCCUCUGCAUGAACGGCGUUAAGCCUUUGAAUUCCGGGGCUGAAGCCCAAACUUCUCGACCGGUCACUCUUGUUUCCUCUCUUGUUCAUUGAUAAACUGAUGGUCAUAACUGAGCCUGCCGUACCAAGCACACGGCGAUUAGGCCUGUUUUCGAAACUGUAUCGUAGCAACGUGUAGGCUUGCUCAACAAAGAAUUUACUUGAUUCAUGCUAAGCGAAAGAAAGCCUCCUCCUCUGCUGUUAGGAUGGUUGGUCGUAUGCUAUUUACGUUUUUCAUUCCAUAGAAGAACCUGCAAGAGAACCGCGAUUUCUUCAAUGUAAGUUGGUAGCCCUUCUUAAUUGAACGAGGGACCAUUUUUGAUUUUUUUCUCUUUUGGGAAAAAAAUUUUUGUGAAAAAUUGUUUUGUCCCUAAACACGAGAACGAGACUCAAAGCGCCAAAGGGGAAAAAAUCUCACCCGCUUGGAAAUGAAGUUGCUUACUCGACAAGAGGAGCUUUUUAAAAACAUGUUGAAAGUUAUUUUGUUUGCAAUAAAAUAAAUAAUAUAACUAACAAAUAAAAGUAUAAGCCGUGGAUGAGGUCUGUGUUAUUCCAGAUAUUUUUUGGACGGAACUGUAGAGAAAGGCUGAAGAUUUCACGUGACGUCGUGCACGUCCGCCCUGUUGGACUCCCAAAACAAUAAAACAGCGGCCUCGUAGAGUGUUCUCACUCACGUGGCCAACAUCUAUCCAAAUUUAUUGCAACAAAAGAAAGCGUUUACAUAAGAAAAGAGUUCAAUUCCUAAAGGAUUUGUUUGGAAGACCAACAUGGCGGUCAUUUCAUUGUUUUGGGAACACCAAGAUGGCCGCCGUGACGUCAUGUGAAAACGCUCUUUUGGUGUCCCAAAACAAUAAAACAGCGGCCAUGUUGGUGUUCAAAACCAGCCCUGUGGGAGUUCAACUCUUUUCUUAUGUAAACGAUUCCAUUUGUCGCAGCAACUCAAUUUACAAAGCUGUUAGCGACGUGAAUGAAAACGCUUUUUAUGUAAUGUUUGACGCUGUUUUUUUCUAGGUGACCACGGAUCUGCAUCAUAAGUGCACCGAAGAGUUCAAAGGAACAUCGUCUGCUGCCCCACUGGCGGCUGGAAUGUUCGCUCUAGUUCUUCAAGCCAAGUGAGUUGAUAUUUCGUAGCCCAAUGACCUUUAAUCUUCCAUAUCAUUUUUCCAUAUGAUGAGAGACAAUAAACGGUGUUCAGUUGUCUUAUCUAGUUUCCUGCAAACAAAAAGGGAAAAAAAAGACCAAAAUCUGUACCUGCGCAGCAUACCUCUGAUAAAUCCUGAUUGCUCGAUGUUUUUUUUUUUGGAUUGUCCAAAUACGCUUAAAAAGCUGACUAGGAACCAAACACACUUACUCUGCUUACUGAACUCUUGCCUAAACAUUUUGAUAGUAUAAGCUCACAAUUAGUCAUUUUCUAAACGAGCAAGAGACUGGGUACGAAUGCCAAACUUCUGUUCGAUUCUAUUGGGCCAAAAGGUGGACACGGAAAAAUAAGCGUUAUUGUAAAAGAAAGGAAAUCAAUUGUGGGCUUUUAAUCAUUCAAACAAGAGAGCGAUGCCGGAUUAGAGAAACACCAUAGCUUUCCCUCAACCUUACAAAGCUCUUUACAGAUUUUCAAACAAGUGCUUCUUUUUCCGUACAUUGUCUUUACUGUUGUCUACCAAGACACAGCCCGUUCUUUAACUGUAUGACAUUCGCUGCGCUAUUGAAAACCCUGUUGAAACACAGUAAGCAGUUUUGACUUGCAAAAAAUGAUCAUUUUUAUUGUUACAAACAUUAUAUUUUGGGCAUAAACCGUCUCAUCAUUGCUUUGUUGUUGUUUCCCUGUUUAGCCCUAACCUUACAUGGCGGGAUGUCCAGCACCUUGUAGUAGAAACUGCUCAAGUAACAAGUCCCGUGGAUGAAGGAUGGAUGAAGAACGGAGCCGGUUAUCAUUUUAAUCACAAGUUUGGUUUUGGGAGACUUGAUGCCUCAGCAAUGGUAAAAAGAGCAAAGACUUGGAAAAAUGUGGCUCCACAAAGGACCUGUCACGGACCCUCCAGUCAAACGCAACAGUAAGUCAUAUAAAAUAAUCCGCAAUGCAGCCUUCAGUUUUUCGUUGAUAGUACUUUAACUGUUUCGUUCGUUUGCUCCACAGGGGGAACCCACCGAAGUUUAAUACGGGAAGGUUCCCCCCCGAGGUCCAACCCCUUACCGUUUUAUAUACCAUUUUGACUGAAAAGGUACCCUUUUCGUAUAGCACCCACUGACAACAAAUGGUACCACUUUCACAGACCUACAAGUAGUUCAAAACACUGCAUCCCUUUAAAUUCUGUAAAUUCACCGUCUUUUUAAUGGGGAUAAAUCACUAAAUCCGGAAGUCUUCAUGUCUCCAUAAAAUGCAUUAAGUGUCAGCCCUUUUGGUCCAUUCAGAGACCGGAAUGACAGAUUUCCCAACCCCUUCAUAUACUCCUGUUACGAAAUCCUUAUUCUUUCAUUUAACAGAAGCCUGAAAAAGGUAUCCCUUUCGAGCGGAGCCUCCCCCUAUAGGCCAUUAUAGGGAGUAGCUCCCCCGGGCGGUUGCUCUAGCUUAUAAUGUUGAGAAAUGAUUAUUCUAUUUCGUGAUAACCUGGCAAUAUCUUUAGGUUGCCAGUUUACCGCACAGUUUUUCGGGCACAGUUAAUACCUGGUUAUUAUCUGCACUUCUUAACGGAAGCAAAAAGAACUAUCGGGUGUAAAUAAAAGAUAAACCUACAGCAUAAGUGGCAUGGCGAGAACUCUUGCUAUUCUAACAUUUUGAAUCUGUAAAAAUUGCUUAAUUUUUUAUUGUACUGCUAACUCAUGGAUAUCCUUCUGACUGUUUCAGGGAAAUCCCAGCUGGCGGAACCCUAUCAAUUACUAUUGAUACCAUUGCAUGCGAUGGAACUGACAAGGAAAUCAACAAGGUAGAGCACGUGACCUUGACAGUUAGCUUCCAACAUCGGCGUCGUGGUGACGUCAGUGUAGACUUGUUUUCUCCGAGUGGGACUAGAAACGAGAUGCUUUCCACUCGGCGUUAUGACGAUUCAAAGAAUGGGCUUCAUGAUUGGACAUUCAUGACCGUGCAUAACUGGGGAGAGAAUCCCAAGGGGGUGUGGGUGAUGAAUGUUACGGAUAACAUUGCUACGUUGAACAAAGGGGUGGAUGUGAAUGGAUACCUUCAGCAUGACACCAGUAAACAGGAGGCAGAUGUAGAGGACUUGGAAGAGGAGGUCAGUUUCUUGGUUCUUGACAAUAGCUUUACAUGGGCUUACACUUAUAACAACAACAACGAGCUUUAUUUGCAUGACCAUACAAACACAUACAGUAUUGCAAAAGCUAUGUUUAGGAAUCAAAAUUACAACAUAGGGCAAUUACAUUACUUUGAUAAUAAUUUGUCACGAACAUCAAAACAAGCUGAAAAGUAUUUUAUGAAUUGUAUAUUGAUAAAGUAUUUAGAAGAGUUCAUCAGUUCAUUGAUCAAACCGUUUAUAGCUAACUGGGUAAUAUCUGGAAUCAGAGUCUUGACUUUAUAGUAAAAUUUAUUCCUAAUCAUAGAGUAUGUAGGACAUUGAAAAAGAAAGUGAACUUCGUCUUCUUUUACAUUGCAUCCAAAAAAAGGGCAAAAACAGUUUUGGCUUUCGAUGGCAUCUGUUUAAGAAUAUGAUUCGCCAUUUUAGAAAGAGAUGGCAACUGUCCCGAGUUAUCGUUUGCAAAGACCCCUAGGACUUGGAAGUGGAGGUCUUUCACGGGAACAUAUGAACAUUUAAUUGACCAGCUCCCAACAUCAGUUAGAGCAUCGCACCAGUGUCACGGGUUCAAACCCCGUUAAAGUCCUGAAUUGUUUCGGGCUUCUUACGCAAUUGCAUAAAUUGCGUUCACAACUGCGAGGAUAAUUCUUCAUUUGAUUUCAUUUCCGCAGUUUUACAUAAUAUACAUUAUUUAAUAUACAAUAUUUAUAGAGCGCUGAUUCCCAAUGGUCCAAAAGCGCUUUACGUAAUAAAUAUACGACAUCUAUCACAUUCAUCUCUUUCAUGGGAACAUAUAUGCAUAUAAUUGACAAGCUCCCAACAUCAUUUGCUUCAUAGCUCAGAUGGUUAGAGCAUCACACCGGUAUCGCGAGAUCAAGAUUCAAACCCCGUUGAAGUCAUUAUUUUUUUUCAAGCUUUUUGCGCAUUUUCAUAAAUUGAGUUCACAACUGCGAGGAUCAUUCUUGAAUUGACUUCUGGGAUUGUUACUGCUAUAGAGGAAAAAUAGACCUUUUUACCGAUACGGCGGCCAUAUUGAAUUAAUUCGAUUUAACGAGUAUUAUUGGAUGGCCAAGGGGCAUGAGCACAUUUCGUUUGUAUUUUCGAGCGCUUUUCGGGCCAUUUUUUGUUUAAGUUUUCUUAGAAUAAGAUUGUAAUGGGAAAAAAGAUCCUUGUGCCGUGUUUUUAUGUAAUAAUGAUUGCCUUUUUCCCUAGAAAUAUGCAGUGAAAGACCAUAUUUCUAAAACUAAACUAGAAAAAGGCGAUAAUUAUUACAUCCAAACACGGCACAAGGAUCUUUUUUCCCAUUACAAUCUUAUUCUAAGAAAACGUUUAAGAAAAAAUGUCCGGAAAAGCGCUCGAAAAUACAAACGACCAAAUGUGCUCAUGCUCCCUGGGCAUCCUAUAAUACUCCUUAAAUCGAAUUAAUUCAAUAUGGCCGCCGUAUUGGUAAAAAGGUCUAUUGGCCAAUAGCUGACCGACGCGUCCCCAGUAAACAAUCCCACAAACAAUUGCGGGACGCAUUUCGGCUCCAGUUCUGUUCUUGUUUCGGAUCAAUUUAGGUUUCCGGGGAAACUGCCCACCUACCCCUCCCCUGAGUCAACAUUAACACUUAGUUCUGACUUAGGGCAAAAUGUUGGACUAGGGGAGGGGUAGGUGGGCAGUUUCCCAAAACCUAAAUUGAUCCCUUGUUUGAUCCCUUGGCGAGUGAAAGUAGCACCAACGACAGCGACGACAAAAACAGCAGGAGAUGUGCAGUAAACACAUAUACAUGUUUUGCCCUCAAAAUAAUAACAAAAAUUAAGGCUUCUUAGAGGUUAGUUUUAGAAUGGUGAAGCAGUAGCUGUAGUAAGAAACCAUCAAUGUCUUUGAAUAGAUAAUUCAUAUUUGGAAUUAAAAUGCUUUAUCUUAUGUUGAAAAUUGAAUAAUUUUUCUAUGAUUAGUUUGCGUUUCACAAAAUUGCUUUAGUCACGAUAUGUUCAAAGUGUUUCACAGAAAACUCUUAUGGACUAUUAAACUCUCGACCAAUCAAACGUGAGAAAUCACUUAGGUAUUGUAAAACAUGCUUUUGAAUCAAUGUAAUUUGACUGUAAUUUUCUUGUUUUUUUUCGUUUAUCGGAGUAAGGUAAUUGAUGACGAGAAGAAAACCCAAGAAUUAGAAGCCAAAAAAGCUGGCAUGGAUGGCGCAAAAGCCCCAUUAGUAGAUGCUCCGUACCCGGAGGGGGUGAAAAAGCAUAAGAUUCGCGUUCCUGAAGCUCCGAAAGAGAAAGCGGAAAGUGAAGAGGAUGAAUUGGAAACAGGAAAUGGUAAGACAAACGUCUUCUACUUUAUGACAAUUUUAAAACAGUUUUACGAUCGGUGCAGAAGCAGCUUAGUAUCGCCAGGUUCCAGUAGUUCAAAAUAGUUGAUAGCGCUAUGCAGUGGAUAAGUUACAAUCCAGUGUAUAACGCAGUAGUUUUUCCUAAUACUUAUCAGCUGGAUAGUGAUUUAUCCGGUGGAUAGCAUUAUCCAGCUUUUGAACAACUGGAGCCAGAAAAAAUAAAAGUUAUUUAAUAACUCAGGAGUGGAAGAAGGGAGUUCUUCAUCCUUGGCAGAUUCAAAAGAGCAAAUUCAAAAUCAGUCGAUCGCUAACCCUUUUGUCGUUUCAUUCUCUAGCUCAUUUCCUUUCGGGGACAGGACUUGUGCGAUGAUUUUUUUCAUUUAAACUCAUAAUAAGACAGCGCCUGGUUAUUCCGAGGGUAAGAAUACCAAAGGCUGUAUCCCUUACACAAAAAGACUAAUGACGGUUCCAUCCGUAUGUUUGGGUGUCUUAAUGAUUAGGGCCAUUUAUACGAGGAAAAAUAAGACGCGUCUUACAUAAGACGCGUCUUUUAAAUAAGACGCGAACUGUACCAUUUAUACGAGCAUGUCUUAUCUAAUAAGACGCGUCUUAGCUAAGCCGCGUCUUAUUUUAGACGAAAUGUGCCGUUUAUACGAAAAGUUCGCGUCUUAUUUAAGACCCGUCUUAUGUAAGACGCGCCUUAUUUUUCCUCGUAUAAAUGGCCCUAUUGUCUUUCUUUGUGAUCGGUUGAGUAACCUGUCAACCAAUUACUCUUUAGAAUGUGUACUGAAUUCAAGACUUCUAUGGGGAGAAUUAUGUUAUUUUAGUAGUUGCCAAUUGUUGAAAUUUUUUUAGUGUUCUCUGGCUAUAGCUGACCCCUUGUAAAAAUACUCUUCAAUCACAGUUCCUAGUAACACAGAGGCAGAGGAAUGGGGAGACUACGAUCCAGGAACAUUCGAUACCUUUCUCCCUGAACAAUACCAAAACGGGAUAGGAAUGAGUCAGAAUCCUGGUGCGUUUUUAACAUCGUAUGAAACGCCGGACAUAACAGAGCAAGGCAAUAACUACCAAAUAGCAACGGCAGCUAAAAAAACUUUUAUUGACGAGGAUACGGGCGACGAUGAAAGUAACAAGGUUUACGGAUAUGAUCGUUAUAUUUACACCACUGAACCCGAUGACCCCACGAAGUUGUCCGAGAGCAAACGAACGGAUACCGACUUUCAGGGACAGAGAGUUCAGGUUACAACCGAAGAGACUGGUUCUCAGCGGGUGCAAGUAAAUAAUGGCUUCCAGGAGGAGUUUGUUCCCGGGUUGAAUCCCGAGUCCGGGAGGAUUAGUUCUGGGGUUUUGUUAGAAUGGAAGCUGACAUUUUACGGGACGGGUCCCGUGGACAGCAUGUCAGGAUAUGGGGACGACGACGAUGAUGGCACGUCUGAUAUUGAUCUAGAUUUAUAG